AUUACAGAUGCGCCCCGAUAGGACCAGCUUUUAUUUCUUUAUGUUUGGAAACGGGGCCUUCCUGUGUAGCCCUAGGUGACUUCACCUGUUUUGAAUUUAGUUGUAUGUCGGUUGUUUCGUUUGAGCCUCGUAGCUGGGGGAGGAGGGUCUGGGUGGUUAGAUGCCCCUGGUCUUAUUUAAGAAGACAGACAGUUCCAGAACAAGAGGUUGCGCAGCUGCCUCAAGAUUACAUAGGAAACUUCUAGAGGGUUCAGAACUUGAGGCUGGGAUGGUUAUGCCGUAUCUCCGUGGCCAGAACUCUUUGUUUCUGGCCAUCCGUUCUUGGAACUGGCUGUAUAAACAGAUGUCCAAAGAUCUGAAUGCGUGUGUCCCGUGCCUCUGAUUGGAAGAUCUGUUUCCAGUUCUGUCGUCUCGGACCUAAUUAGAGACAUCAUGGAGGCCCCACCAGUCACCAUGAUGCCAGUCACUGGGGGCACCAUUAACAUGAUGGAGUACCUCCUGCAGGGAAGUGUUUUAGACCACAGUUUGGAAAGUCUCAUCCAUCGCCUUCGCGGUUUGUGUGACAACAUGGAGCCCGAGACUUUCCUCGAUCACGAGAUGGUAUUCCUCCUUAAGGGCCAGCAGGCCAGCCCAUUUGUUCUAAGGGCGCGGCGCUCCAUGGACAGGGCAGGGGCACCCUGGCACCUGCGUUACUUGGGACAGCCAGAAAUGGGAGACAAGAACCGCCACGCUUUGGUGCGCAACUGUGUGGACAUUGCCACAUCUGAGAAUCUCACAGACUUCUUGAUGGAAAUGGGCUUCCGCAUGGACCAUGAGUUUGUCGCCAAAGGACACUUGUUCCGUAAGGGCAUCAUGAAGAUCGUGGUGUAUAAGAUUUUCCGAAUCCUGGUCCCAGGGAAUACAGACAGCACAGAGGCCCUGUCGCUCUCCUAUCUUGUAGAGUUAAGUGUGGUCGCACCAGCUGGCCAGGACAUGGUCUCUGAUGACAUGAGGAACUUUGCGGAGCAGCUCAAACCUCUGGUUCACCUGGAAAAAAUAGACCCCAAAAGGCUUAUGUGAUUAAGAAGGUCUGUCCUCACCUGGGAGGUGAAAGGCCUCCGGAGUACCCCAGUUCUGUUGCCAGGCUGACUGACUCCUUUCAGGAAGAUGGGUGGUGAGAAUUUGGUUCCCUUGAACGGUUUCCUUCAUGUGGGGAUUUCUUUUUUUUCUCUUUUGGUGACAGGGUCUUACCAUGUAGCCCUGGCUCACCUGGAACUCACUACAUAACUAGCUAGCCUGCAACUUAGUUCCCCUAUGUGUCUGCCUAAGUGCCUGCGUUAAAGGAUCUCCUUACCAAGUUUCAUUUCCUCGACAGACUUUUCCAAAUAAAGACCCAGGAUAGCAUGGAGAUUUGUUCAAGUCCUGUCUCUAGUCAAAGAAAGGAACUGGAACGUACUAGCUUUUCAGAGGAAGAUGUCAAAAGCAACCCUGAUCAUUGUUUUGCCUUUUUUUAAAAAAAAUUCUUAUAUUUAUUUUUUGUUGUCUU